UAUAGUGAUUAAAUCCACAGUCAUAGAACCUGAAGAUGGGUUUUAUAUCAGUUUUUACUUUUUGUAGGGGGCAGGAAGGGGUAAGUUAUUAGACUUUCCAAAGUGUAAGAAAAGAACGUGGCAAAUAAAGCUGACAGCAUUUGGCUACCAGCAGCAGCAGUGACUCAAAGGAGAGCUUCGGAAAGGAAGGGACGUGGGUGAGUCAACCAACCAGUGGCUUUCGUGAAAACCAGAGGGAAGCGAACCCCAUCCCUCCUUCGGGAUGGAUGCAGACAGCGUGCGGAGCCUCCUGGCAGCCUGCUUUCCUCCCGGGCUGCUGGGUGCAUUAGGUGCUGGAGAUGAGGUGGCUUUGUGUGAGGAGACUGCAGAUGUGUGGCAGGGAACACUCGAGGCCCACAGAACAUUUGCAAUUUGUCCGAGACCAGAGAGAGAGAAUAAGGACCUCGGCCGCCUUCCUACCUGCGCAACAGGGCCCUCCCCAGAUGCCGCGCUGCUCAGUUCCACGCUGCCCCACGGAGCAAGCGGACUGGACGCACUGGCUCAUUCAGCACAAACGUGCCAGGAACCUACCUACCAUGCUAAGCCCUGGAUACAAGGCAAAUGCUCUUCUGCUAAAAAAUGUGAGGUCCCUUCCUCCCCUCUAAAGGAAGAACGAAAGACCAAAAGUCAAAAUGAACAGAUGGCCUCACAGUACUCACCUUCCUGCCAUCUGUACCUCAUGAAGAGGAAGAGUUAUAGGGGGUCACCUCCAGCACCCAACUCCUCUUUUUAUCUGAAUCCCAGGAAAAUGACAACUACAGCCUGAGAGUCCACUGAGCAACGCUGCCAUGGAGGUGUGAUGUUUUCAGCUGAAUUCGAUGCUCAGAGCAACGCCCAAGGGGGGAGUUAAAUAAGAAAGUUAAAUAUGGAAAGGGGCACUACAGAAACGCCACUGUGAUGUAAAGCAACCUAAGAGACAGAUCGGGAGAUACAGCUCAACCUAGACAAAACCAAAGCAAUGUUGAUCACGACAGAAAGACGUUGGCAUCCUCACGCGUUUCUUCCCUCUUGGGAUAUUGGAGUGGAUUGCACUUUACAUGCUAGAGGAUGUCAUUUUAAUUGUAUAAAAUGAAGCCCUUUAUAAAGUCAAUUCUUUGCAAUUCUUUUAAGUUAGAGGAAAAAGUUUAUAACCCAUACUAGUUGGCUAGUUACUUUAUUAAUAUGUCCAGAUGCUGACAAGAGUUGUCCAACCAAAAGACGACUUUCACAUUUUCUUUUACAAAAGACAAGGAUCCCAUGUUGUUUGACCUUUCCUUCCUGCGAGGCCUAGUGGUUGCCAGGAUUAUGCAGAUAUUUUCAGAAAAAUAAAUAUGCUUAAUAUGUUUGUCUCUUCAAGGUAAAGAUGACAUUUCAACGGUCAGUAAGAAAGUAACUGCUUUUCUAAAUCCACUUGCUGUUUUGCAGAUGGGUGUGGUGGGCUGCCUCGGGGGUCACGCACAGGCCCCUCUUCCUGGUGUCCGUGCCUUUGUGUGAUACCCUCCCCUUGAGUAUGGGCUGAACCCAGUCACUCUCUAACAAAUAGGGGAUGGGAAAGGUUACUUUGGAGAUUAUGUUACAAAAAGGCUCUGACUGCCAUCUUAUUUACCCUGUCUUACUCUCCAUUUUUGGAGAAGCCCAUGGCAAGGAACUACUGCCUCUGACCAACAGCCCGUGAGGACCAGAGGCAUGGCACCGGCUCGUGUGUGGAGCUGGAAGCAGAGCCUGCCCAGUGUGGAAGCCCAGCCAGCACCUCGACUGCAGCUUUGCGAGAGACUCAGCCAAAAUAAGAUGCCUAGACACUCCUAGAACCCUGAUCCACAGAAACUAUGAGAUAAUAAAUGUCUGGUUUUCAGACACUAAUUUUGAGGAUAAUUUCUCAACUCAUAUAAGUGGGGAAAUGUUUCCCCAUCAUUGAUAACUGAAAAUAAUGUGAAUGCAUCUCAUUCAAAACAGCCUGUAGUCCCAUCUACUUGGGAGGCUGAGGCAGG